UCAGCACGAGGGGGCGGAGCUCCCCGGGGCACGGCGCGGAGCCGGGGGCCGACAGUCAAGGGUCCUGCGGGGCCGGGCUCCCCGCUCCGCUGCCCUCUGCCGAAAAGACGGUAAGGACGCUUUUCAGGAAGAAGUGGGCGGCUGGGAGCUCGCUCUGGGCUGUUGACUGUUUUCAUCUGUCGCCCCGCGAAGUGCAGGAGAGCGCCGGGGGGGGACUUCCAAGCGCGGCGCUGCAUUGCAUGCUGGGGCUUGUAGUCCUGCUAUGGAGUCCUGAAAGGUUAAGCACCGUGCACGGCCAAGCGGGGUAUUACCCCAUCAAUAGCUUGUAUAUCCCGUAAAAGACCAUAAUUUAUCCUUCAAAAAUCCUCCCGUUUUCUAUCUUAACGAGCCACAAUUUUAAGAGGUAGCUCCAGCCCUCUCGUUCUGCGGAGGAAGGGACGCCUGGCAGCCUACGGAGCUGCCAGGACCUACCCGUCCCGUCAUCCCCCGCGCCAAGAUGUCGGCGGCGAUCGCCGCGCUCGCUUCCUACGGCGGGUCCGACUCGGAGCCCGACUCGGAACCCGAGACCGAAGGCGGCUCCCAGCGCUCCGCCGCCGUGCUCGCCAGCCGCGAUGCCGUGCUGCACCUCCGGCCGCCGCCCGCCGCGCCCCCGGCCCUGCCCGUCGAUGCGGCCCCGGAAGUAGCCGUGAAGGAAGAUGUGGAAACAGGAGUCCACCUUGAUCCUGCUAUCAAGGAAGUUCAGUACAAUCCCACUUAUGAAACGAUGUUUGCACCUGAGUUUGGACCAGAAAACCCAUUUAGGACUCAGCAAAUGGCUGCACCUAGAAACAUGCUUUCUGGAUAUGCAGAACCAGCUCACAUCAAUGAUUUCAUGUUUGAACAACAAAGACGAACAUUUGCAACCUAUGGUUAUGCAUUAGAUCCCUCUGUAGAUAACCCUGAAGCUGCUACCAAAUAUAUUGGUUCUGUGGAAGAAGCUGAAAAAAAUCAAGGUUUAACAGUGUUUGAAACAGGACAAAAGAAAAUUGAAAAAAGGAAGAAAUUCAAGGAGAAUGAUGCAUCUAAUAUUGAUGGUUUCCUGGGACCAUGGGCAAAAUAUGUUGAUGAAAAAGAAGUAGCCAAACCUUCAGAAGAAGAGCAGAAGGAGUUGGAUGAAAUAACAGCUAAGAGGCAGAAGAGAGGAAAACUAGAAGAUGAUAAACCUGGAGAGGAGAAGACUAUAUUACAUGUUAAAGAAAUGUAUGACUAUCAGGGGAGAUCUUAUCUUCAUGUCCCUCAAGAUGUUGGAGUUAAUCUCCGUUCUACAGUACCGCCUGAGAAGUGCUAUCUUCCAAAAAAACAAAUCCAUGUGUGGUCCGGGCAUACAAAGGGUGUCAGUGCAGUCAGAUUGUUUCCUCUGUCUGGGCAUAUACUGUUGUCUUGCUCUAUGGAUUGCAAAAUUAAGCUAUGGGAAGUAUAUGGUGAUCGAAGAUGUCUACGAACAUUUAUUGGACACAGUAAAGCUGUUCGAGACAUCUGUUUUAACAAUGCAGGCACUCAGUUCCUUAGUGCUGCAUAUGACCGCUAUCUAAAACUCUGGGACACUGAGACAGGGCAAUGUAUUUCAAGAUUCACCAACAGGAAGGUUCCUUAUUGUGUCAAGUUCAAUCCUGAUGAAGAUAAACAAAAUCUCUUUGUUGCAGGGAUGUCAGAUAAGAAAAUUGUACAGUGGGAUAUUCGAAGUGGUGAGAUUGUGCAGGAAUACGAUAGGCAUUUGGGAGCUGUCAACACCAUUGUGUUUGUGGAUGAAAAUAGAAGGUUUGUGAGUACAUCUGAUGACAAGAGUUUAAGAGUCUGGGAAUGGGACAUUCCUGUAGACUUCAAGUACAUAGCUGAGCCAAGUAUGCAUUCCAUGCCAGCCGUGACUUUGUCUCCAAAUGGGAAAUGGUUGGCUUGCCAGUCAAUGGAUAACCAAAUCUUGAUUUUUGGAGCUCAGAACAGAUUCAGAUUAAACAAAAAGAAAAUUUUCAAAGGUCACAUGGUAGCUGGCUAUGCUUGUCAAGUGGAUUUUUCACCUGAUAUGAGCUAUGUGAUAUCUGGAGAUGCAGAUGGGAAACUAAACAUCUGGGACUGGAAGACCACAAAACUCUACAGCAGGUUAAAAGCGCAUGACAAAGUGUGUAUCGGUGCAGUGUGGCAUCCACACGAAACAUCCAAAGUCAUUACGUGCGGCUGGGAUGGUCUGAUUAAACUAUGGGACUAAAGAGGAUGCUACAGAGACCUCAAGAUGCAAGAUCUGAGAUUAGGGUGCAUUCUGCUGUAAGGAUGGGUAGACAUUUGUGAUACUGCAGUUCUCAGCUCACUGUAUAUGCGCAGUAAACACCAGGAAAUUCAGAAGACUCCAGUGAAAGGAUAUAGUUCUAAAUAUGGCAUCUGGGAAUGAGAAGCUAAGCUGAGGUCAUCGUCUCAAGCAUGCAGAAUCAUGUGCCAGUUUGUCUUGCCUCUGCUUGUGCAAAACACUCUUGUAAAAUAAAAUAAUUUUGAGAAAAGAUAUUUUUGUGGUUCUGGCUGUCAGAUAAAGAGAAAACCAGCAAUUGUGUAACUUUCUUCCUAAGAAGAAAUCUUUGGUACCUACUGCAGUAGAGCUGGGAAAGAUAAGCACAAAUCCACUUGCUGAAAUCUGCCAAUUCACAGUAGAAAUGAAGAAUUGGAAGCUAGCAGUUGUCAGGUGAAUGCUAUCAACUGAAGAUGCCAUUCAUAGUCUUAGUUUCUAUCUGUACACUCAUUAGGAUCACUCACUUUCACCUUUGCAAGUAGUCUUCAUUUUCAGGGUUUUCCUCGUAAUGGUUGUGUGCUGUGUGUUGGUUUUUUGUCUUCCCAUAUGCUAUUCUGUUCCAAUAAGCAUGACAUAUUAAAAAAAAAAGUGAAUGUCUCUUGUUCUUUUUGGAAUAGUUUGUAUUAUAAGCCCCAUGAAGGUUUUGACAAUUUAAUGUAUAUACAUGUUAUACUUUUUCUCUUUAAAGAACUUAUUUUUAAUAAAUCUUUUUGUAAAAA